CCACGUGGCUGGGUUCGUAAUUAUAGUACAGUUUCGAUUAUCACAAACGCAGCAUACACUAUAAACAGCAAGCUUUUUAAAAAAUGCUAUCAGUUCACCAGUUCGUCAGACGUUUUUCAACGUCACAGUCUAUGCUCUCCAAGCUACGAAUCGCCAUAAUUGGACAAAGCACAUUUGCUAGUGGUGUAUAUAAAUUGUUACGACAAGAUGGUCAUAAAGUUGUUGGAGUUUUCACUGUGCCUGACCAGGGCAAUAGAGAAGAUCCUCUGGCUUCUGUUGCAAAGGAGGAUAGUAUCAAAGUCUUCAAGUUCCCAAGGUGGCGGCAGAAAGGAAAAGUGUUACCAGAUGUACUAGACCAGUAUAAAUCUGUAGAUGCUAAUCUAAAUGUUUUACCCUUUUGUACUCAAUUUAUUCCAAUGGAUGUGAUCAACUACCCUGAAAACCAGUCCAUUUGUUAUCACCCCUCUCUGUUACCCUGCCAUCGAGGAAUGUCUUCCAUAAACUGGACCCUCAUACAUGGAGAUAAAAAAGCAGGAUUCACAAUAUUUUGGGCAGAUGAUGGAUUAGAUACAGGACCAAUUCUACUUCAAAAAGAGUGUGAAGUUUACCCUGAUGAUACAGUGGACUCUUUGUACAACAGGUUCCUCUACCCUGAGGGCAUGAAGGCUAUGGCAGAAGCUGUCAAUAUGGUUGCUAAUGGUACUGCCCACAGAAUUCCUCAGUCAGAAGAAGGAGCUACAUAUGAAUCAGCUUUGACUAAGAAAGAAUUAUCUGAGAUCAAGUUUGACCAACUAAAUGCUGAACAGCUGCACAAUUUUAUCAGAGGUAUGGAUAAAGUUCCUGGAGCCUGGACACAUUUGAAUGGGCAGUUUGUUAGAGUGUAUGGGUCUCGGAUUUGGUCAGUUCCAGUGCCAUCUGGUCAAGAAGUUACCGUAGAAGGAAUGAAACAACCAGCCAUUGUUCAUAAAGAAGGCCUAGUGUUAUUUGGGAAUGAUGGGAAACCUAUUAAUGUCCAGAAGCUUAUGUUUGAAGAUGGAAAGAUGAUCAAUGCUGCAAAAUAUGGGCAAUCUCAGGAUGAAAUACAAGAAAUAGAGUUAACGGAGGAAGAGCUGAAAUUAGCAGACUCGGUUAAGAGUAUAUGGACAGGCAUUCUAAAUCUUCAAGUUAGUGAUGAAACAGAUUUUUUCAAGAGUGGGGCAGGUUCCAUGGAUGUAGCAAGGCUCGUAGAAGAAUUAAAAGAAAAAUGCAAUGUACAACUUGAGAAUGAAGAUGUCUACUUGUCUACUGUUUUCAAGGAAUUUAUCAAGAUAGUGGUGUUAAAGAGUCGUGGGGUUUCUUCAGGUCCUCUUCUUGAUUUUGAUUCAGUCAAGAUAAAAACCAACAAUUUGGAUUUGGAAUUCCCUCGACAGCUUUUCAUUAACAACCAGUUUGUCGACUCUACUAAUGACAAGAAGUUGAAAUCUAUUGAUCCUAGUUCAGAAAAGCUCCUUUGUGAGGUGGAAAGUGCAUCAAGACAAGAUGUACAUAAGGCAGUAAUGGCCGCCAAGGUUGCUUUUGAAGAAGGUGAAUGGAGCAAAAUUAAUGCUAGAGACAGAGGUCGUCUCAUGUACAGACUAGCAGACUUAAUGGAUGAACACAAAGAAGAGCUAGCUACACUUGAAAGCCUUGAUUCUGGUGCUGUUUACACUCUAGCCUUAAAAACUCAUGUUGGUAUGUCCAUUGAUACUUGGAGGUAUUUUGGAGGAUGGUGUGACAAAAUCCAGGGAUCCACCAUUCCCAUAAACCAUGCAAGACCAAACCGUAAUCUUACAUUUACAAAGAAAGAACCUAUUGGUGUUUGUGGUAUAGUUACUCCAUGGCAGUGUUUCCUGCAGCAAUGCAAGCAGCCAUCUUCCAAGAGACCAUCAUCAAUGGGUAAUUUUGUUCUGAAGCCUGCUCAGGUCUCGCCAUUAAGUGCUCUGAAAUUGGCAGAAUUAAGUGUAUAUGCUGGUUUUCCACCAGGUGUCAUCAAUAUUCUUCCUGGAACAGGAAGUGUAUGUGGUCAGGCUAUUGCAGACCACCCAGAUAUAAGAAAAUUAGGAUUCACUGGCUCAACUCUUAUUGGUCAACAAAUCAUGAAAAGCUGUGCUUCCUCCAACCUGAAGCGUGUGUCUCUUGAGCUAGGUGGAAAGUCUCCUUUGAUUAUUUUCUCAGACUGUGAUAUGGACCGUGCUGUAAGACAAGGAAUGGGUGGUGUGUUCUUCAACAAAGGUGAGAACUGUAUAGCUGCAGGCCGUCUUUUCAUUGAAGAAUCCAUUCAUGAUGAAUUUGUAAAGAAAGUGGUUGAAGAGAUAAAGAAGAUGGUAAUUGGACAUCCACUGGACCGAUCCACUGCACAUGGGCCCCAGAAUCACAAGGCUCAUCUAGACAAACUUGUUGAAUACUGUGACAUAGGAGUCAAGGAAGGAGCUACGCUAGUAUGUGGAGGGAAGCGCGUGAAAAGACCAGGCUUUUUCUUUGAACCUACUGUCUUCACUGAUGUACAGGAUGAUAUGUACAUAGCUAAGGAAGAAUCUUUUGGUCCGGUGAUGAUCGUAUCAAAAUUUAAAGAAAGCGAGAUUGACGAUGUCAUUAAGCGGGCUAAUAGUACAGAGUUUGGGUUAGCUUCAGGAGUCUUCACAAGAGAUCUGUCUAAGGCCAUGUAUGUUAGUGAUCGUAUUGAUGCCGGAACAUGUUUUAUCAAUUGCUAUAACAAAACUGAUGUAGCUGCUCCAUUUGGUGGGUUUAAACAGUCUGGUUUUGGUAAAGAUUUAGGAGAAGCAGCUUUAAACGAAUACCUUCGCAUUAAAUGUGUGACAGUUGAGUAUUGAUUACAGAUCUUGUGAUGAACAGUUUAUAAAGGAAUUGCUGCUGCCAUGUAUAUUUGCAAGCUGUAUGGGCUGAUUGACUGAACUAUCAUGAAAAUUCUGCUUAAACAAUCUAUCAACGAUGAACUAUCAUUUUUAUAGCCUUAUUAAAUGUGAUUUAAAUGGUUUCUUGCUGAUGGUUAACUUACAGACCAGUCAGAAAUUUCCUUUUAGUUUAAAACUCAAAUCAUUUACAAUUUCAGUCAUUUUUUAUACUUUCAGAGUUUUGAAAUUUAUGCAAGUUGUACAACACAUUUUGAUGCUUACAGUAAACCUUAUAUGUGGAUUUAUAUUUUUAUUAUAAAACACAAUGUAUUUGCUAUUCUUAGGAAAUACUCCUAACAUAUUAAAAUUUAAAAAAACUUGUCCUAACAAAUAGGAUUAAUUUUAGGUUACAUGGUGUUGUGCAUGAUUCUAAAGACUUAAUCUAACAUAGAUGUAGUUUUUCCUUUAUACUUGUAUCAUUUUAUGUUCCUAAACAUUGUAUGGAAUGUUUUGAAACAAAAUGCUGUGUCAACAUCAUGAUAGUUAAAAGAGGUAAGGUAUACAUACUUAACUGUCAUGUAGUUUUGUGAAUUGCCUGAAAACUUUAUCUGAGGAUUAUAUUCAUAUGCACAUCUAAAUGUAAAAACUUUCCAUUUCAUUUUUCUUUGUUCCUUAAAUAAAAGGUUCCUGUUUUCAUUGUUUAUGAAACAGCUUUAUCUAUAAUAUUUUUAUAAUCACAAGUUAUUUCUAUUGUUGUGUAAAGAAGAAAGUUUAAAAUUUAACAUAUGAUUUACAUUUCUAAUUCCAAAUAUAUAUUUUUAUUGAGAACUCACUAGAACGCACUUUGUGUAUAUUGUAACCUUCCUAUUCAUGCUUGUAACAUUUACAGGUAAAUGGUGAAAAGGAAUUGACCAUUAUUUUAUUAUAAGUAGUGAAUGUUUGGAAGUUAAAUUUACAGUUUGUAAAUGUCCCUCAUGAGUGACAAAGUGUGUCAGAACGAUACAACUUGUAAAGCAAAAAUAAAAUGUUAGCAGCAAAA